AUGUCAAAUUACAACGUAUCGGGCGAUGCUCCUAGUGGGGAAAACUCACAAAGAAUGGAAUACUCAUCUUCCAUUCUUUUUGAGAAAACUCCAAUGGAGGCAAUGGAAGCUUUAAGUAUCCGUCAUAAACAAGCAAAGAAAAUCAACAAGGAAAUCUCCGAUUGGCUCACCAAUUAUGGGCGUUUAAGACUACACUACGUUGACGAACUGAAGAAAAUCCAUGAGAAGGGUUUAACAUUAUUUCCGGAUGAUGAUAAUGACUUAAAAUCUUUGGGCUUAUGUACUCCCUUAUGGUCCGACUUGCUGAAAAUCGUUGAAAAUGAAAUUAACCUAUUUGACCAAUCUACUAGAAAAAUGGGUAGGGAUAUGAUUGCUCCAUUGAGAUUGUUCACUAGAAACAAUGACUCGAAUCUAAUUGAAAUGGACCAGAUUUCAGAGAUUGCCUCGAAUUUAUCAAACAAUCCAUCCUUAGAAGAAGAUUGGCAGCGGAAAGCACCGUACUUUUUCGAAAUUUUUGAAAACUAUGAUUAUCAAAGACUUCUAUUGAUUAAGGAUAUUUUCUCCAAGUACCAAACAGACUUAUCCGAUGUAUUGGAGACAUUCAAAAAAGACAAUGAAAAGGGUCUAGAGCAUGUUUUGAACUUUAGCCCAGAUGAUGAAAUCAAGAGAUUCUCACAGAAAGUUAUCGAAACUGAUAUUCCUGUUAACCAGUCGUCAUCAAGGUCCAAAAAUGACUCCAGGACCUCACCAAAUGGAUUUACCACCUCCACGGCUCUUUCCAGUAUUUCACCUAAAAAAGCCAACAAGCAUCAUUCAACUCUCUUCAAUCAUAAAAAAACUGAAGACACACCAGCAGCACAACCUGAAGCUAAAACAUCCUUGUUUACGAAACGUUUAUCAUCAACAACUUCAAUGUUUUCACAUGAUACAGCCUCAUCCAAUAGCGAUAAGAAGAAGGAGAAGGAAAAACAUAGAGUCCGUUCUAAAUUCGGAUCUAUCUUUGGUAGGAAGAAGGGUAAAGAUAAAGAAGCCGGUUACAACCCCCCUUCUACUAUCCAUGAACCGGAUAGUGUUUCUAUCAGUACUGAAACUACAAACGCCAGUGUUCGUACCCCUAUUACUAGGGCAAGAAAUCAAUCGGUAAAUUCCGUUUUGAACAAUACACACUUUCAGCAGCGUCAUGAAUCGCCAUCCAAGCUCUCCAUUCAGCCACAGUCGAUAAAUCAGAAUCCUUCAAUUAAUAGGAACUCAAUGAUUAUUUCGAAUAACAACUAUAACGACUCUAAAGAGCUUCCUGCUAAACCGUACAGUCCUACUGAUUCUAUUCAAAAGAGCAACAAUGAUGAGCAGCAAACUCCAUCCCUCAAACAGCAACAACAACAACCUUCUUUGCACAAGGAGCCCUCUGUCAAUUCUCUCUAUGAACCAAUGUCUGCAACCAAAAAACUUGAUACAACGCCUGCCGGUGUGCGUGAAUCUAUCAGCGCACCAGCAUCAUCUGAAUCCACGACGUUUGACAAAUCAUAUGCAGCACCUACGUCUGCACCCAUCACAAAUUACUCAUCUCCAGUUGUUGCCAGGGGCUUGGGAAACAUCCAGGAGUCCGAACCCUUAUCUACUGGCCAAUUUGUUCCCCCACCUCCACCAACUUCAAGAAAACACUUGGUUUCCGAAAGUGCAAACUCUUCCAACACCAAUUUAUCUUCAUCGAGACAACCACAUGGAUCUGCGCCUAUUCCCCCAGUUCAACGCAAAAGUAUGGACUUGCAACAACCAUUGCAACCAGCAGCAACGGGUUCUCAACAAAAUGAUGCAACCAAUAAUGCAAUCGCUAGAAACACUACUGGCGGUGGAAGUUUAACUGGCGGGCAAAUAAUGCAUCCCUCUUUGACAACCUUGGGGUUGAACACCUCUAUUGUCGAAUUAUUCAAUGCCACAUACAAAGAUGGUACAUUAUCUAGAUCUAAUGCAAUCGGUGAAGUUGCUUUCUCAUUUAUAUCACAUAAUGAAAAUGGUGAAGUUGCUCUACCAUCUGAAAUUAGUCUACAGAUUGCCUCAAAAAAAGGAUUAGAAUUACCUAAUUUCAUGGUCAAUACAAUGUUCUUACAACAAUCGUCGACUCCGGGUUUUUUCACAAUUUCUGAUCCAGCACAAAUUCAAAUGAGAACCGUUGGUGGAUUAAAGUACAUGUUGAAUAGCCCAACACCACCGAUUGUUAUUACACCAAUUUGGAAGCAUGAGCCAACACAGUCUACAGUUAUCAUAUCCGUCAAGCCAACCGCUGAGUUAGAUUCGUUUUUGAAAGAUGGUUCGAUCACUUUGACCAACUUUAUGAUCUCUGUAUCAAUCAGUGGUGCUCUAGUCUCAACUGCAGCAACCAAACCACCAGGCUCAUUAAAUAAAGACAAAGGUCGCGUGACUUGGGUGUCACCAUCCACAAUAACAUUCAACUCUGCAAAGAAAGAGGAGAGAUUUGUAGCUAGGUUCAUUACUAAUCAAUUGGCUACAGAGAGUGAUACUGGUGUCCAAGUCAGGUUCAGUAUUUCAAAUGACGAUGGUGCUGGACGUAUCGACUUCUUAAAUACAGAUUUUGAGAUUAAAGCAAGAGGUGAGCAUGUCGGAGAGGACCCUUUCGGUGACGGUACUAAAAAAACAUCAGACGAAUGGGCUGAAGUUCCAACACUGAAAAGCUUGAUUGCAGGCACGUAUUCGGGACAUUCUUAG